AAACGACCAUGCCUAUAAAAACAUUUGGUUUUCCACCGUUUCUUAGCUAUCAUUCCACGCCUAAUAAUUUCUUUAAGAAAGCCUCUAAUUCACCAACCUCUUUUUUUUUUUUUCUCUUUUUCUUGAUUGUGAAUUUUCUCGUUUUUCUGGUAGUGCAUAAACGUAAAGAGUUUCACAAAUAUUAAGAAAGCUGUACCUGUAGUAUUACAAGUCAUGUCGAUUGCAGGAUCCAUGCUUCCAUGCAAAGUUCGAAUGGAGUACUGCAAAUUUCAGUCACCUACCAUUCUCCGUUGUAGUCAUUUCUUGGUGAUAUCGAAACAAAAGGAAAAACAUCAGAUUGUAAGAAACCUGCAGAAGUUGCAAUCCCUGGGCACGGGUCUAAUUAGAGUGCAAAACACUGACAGAUACAGGAACAUGGUCGUCUGCAGCAGCGUUGGAUCAGGACCUCCAACCCCUUCUGAUCCUACUCCUGGUCCUGGUUCCUGCAGGAUACCUUGGAUUAUGGGAAUUCUAGUGAGCAUAAUCCUACCCUUUUGGAGGGGCAAUUGGGGUCGAUUAUUAAAACUGAAAGAUGAAGCUGAAACUGUCAUAGACACGGUCGAAGCCUUUACAGACGUUGUAGAAAAAGUGGCCGAGCAAGUGGAGAACGUAGCCGAUGAUAUUGGUAAUCAUCUACCGGAAGGCAAACUUAAAGAUGCCUUUGAAUUGGUUGAAGAUAUAGCUGAAGACACAGUUGACGGUGCACGCUUAGCUGGUGAAGUCAUUGACAAGGUAGAAGAUAUUGUAGAUGAAGUCGAAGAAAAGGUGGAAUCUUUGAGGGAACCAAAGAGUACCCAUGAAGAAGCCAACGAGGCAACGGAAGAAGAAGCUAAGGGUCAUGCUUAGGCAACACGUGCAGCUCUCUUUUUUAGCCUCAGAUAUGUUGAAAUUAGUUUUUUUUUUUUUUUUUUUGAAGAUGUUGA